AUGUUGGAUUGGCGCGACCUGGUCGUCGUGUUUCUCUCCCCGUGCUUUUCCAAGCGGGGUAAGCACCGUUUUUAUAUUGUACUUGACGGAAUGGACGUGCUACAGCCAGGGGGGGUACAGGAUUUUGUGUCAUUUGUACAGAUGGUGAGGCGGCCUGAACUAAGGAUCUCUAUUUGUGUCACAUCGCGGCCAUACGCGUUGCCGCCUAUUCUCGGUUCGGCUGCACACAUGAAGUUGGAUGUAACCGAAGAGAAGAAGCUCCAGGACUUAAAGAUGUUUAUCUGGAAUAGACUUGAAUCUCUCGACGAAUUGCGCAAGUUCGGAAGAUAUGUCAAGCAGCGCAUUGUCGAUAACUUGGAGGAGAUAUCGCCGACUGCAGAUAUGUUGCACGCUGACUACAUGCCGACGAGAAUAAAUAGCCUUCGCCGCGAAGGCCCCGUUCUCAGAAAUCUUGAAAGACCAACGACACCGACUCUGUAUGACCUCUUUGACAAUUUACUUUCGGCUUGCCUCAAACGUUUCUCCUCAUCACGGCAGGAGAUCACCACCCUGCUUUUGCACCUUGUUGCGCAUUCGUUUCGGCCGCUUUCGCUUAAUGAAGUCACAUCACUUCUGUACAAACUGAGCAACGGAGAAAUCGUAGAUACUAGAGAGCUAUCAGAAGUUUUCACUUAUUUUCUCCAAGUUGGCGACUCUAGUACGGAUGCCGAAGAGAGGGCGAGAAUUGAAGCGAUGGGCGGAGCUUUAACUAAGGCCGAGGAGCUUGAAAGCGGCCAUCCCAUAGGUACUAAGCUGAUACAAGAUGAUGGUAAACUCCCUGUCAGUUUCCGUGAGCGCUCGGUGCAAUCAUUCAUCUGCGGCUCAUCUGGAAAAUGGGGCCAGGCGCAUUGGGAAGCAUCGGAGGCUCAUCGACGAAUAUUCCUCAUCAUGGCGCAGCUUCUACAGCCCCUCGACGGGGGUCAUAUAGAGGGAAAUCACCUCCCAAUCCGGAUCUACGCAUCACAGCAUGUGUUAGAACACUGGCAAAAUAUCAAACUCAAGCGGCAUUCUAACGAACACCUGCUGGAGGUGAUGAACAUACUCUGGGAGCUCCUACAGAGUUCUGCGUUCGCUGAUAUGAUCGAGUAUACCGAGACGGACUAUUCACUUGCCUUCUUUUCCGGGUCCCAAUCUAUCGUCAUGUGGACGAAGGAUAUACCACUGAAUGAUAGCUGGCAUACACCUAAGGAUGCUCGGGAAUGGUGGGGACGUUCGUCAUGGGACCCCAGCGAGGCUCUUCUCCCAUUGACUAAGGCCCACCUUCAAGACCUUUAUCAAUCGAAAAGAAAUAGUGGUGCGCUAAAGGCCUUCAACGCAUUAAGGAAUUCGCUGAACCAUAGCGGACGUCAUGGCUUGCUCUCUGCAAAUGCAGAAGAGAAUUUUCCUUUCGCUCAAGUUGGAGAUGAGAAGAGCCCUCCAACCCCAAUAGCUGAAAUAUUAGGUGUUCCAAAUCUCUUUACGAACGUAAAAAUGGGUGCCCAGUCGUAUCGCGUGGUGGCGGAGCUGAUACUGCACUUCAAACAACGAGGCCCUGCGGAGAAUAUGUGUGGCGAGGCGAUACAAAUAUUGUCAUCACUGGAAUCUCUUGACGAGAAUCAACGCCUUGAAAAAUUCAAGGCGCUAGUCCUCAUGGUACAGAUUCUCUCCAAACAAGACCGCGUUCAAGAGGCAUACCAUUACGUCUUGUCAUACAGUGAGGCUCUUAACGCGGCCUAUAUCAGUCCAUCCCUCAAGCGGGCCGCCUACGUCUCCAAGGCGCGCAUAGAAGCCAAGAGGGGAGACAUUUUCGCAGCAGCAAAAUCAUUUUCCACUGCCAAGGAUGCCAACCCAUUGGAGCUGAUGACUGGCGAUGUGCUUGGCGAGCAACUUGAUCUUUACCCAGAUCGACGUCAUCGCAAGUCAUAUAUGGCUGCAUUGAAAUCAUGGACAAAAUUGGAGCAGCUCUUGUGGAUGGCGUGGAAUUACCAUGAAGAAGGAACGGCCCGACACGACCUUUUAUUGAAUAUUGCGCCUUCGACUGGAGAGACUGUUUUUGUCACAGAAAUGUAUGAGAGUGCCAUCGAGUAUCUGGACAACGUCAAUGCCGGCGCUCCCUUCCGCAUCAAACUUGCCAAAUUCUACAUUCGAGUGUCUCAAGAUUACGACAAGGCGAGAUAUGUACUAGACCAGGUUUUUGACAGUAGGUAUACGGGCCACCUGUACACGGUCACAAAUUACAAGCCUGACUGGGCAUUUGGCUUCGCGAUGACGCUGCAGUCGGAAGUUCUGUUUGGGCUUUUCAGGACCUCCUCCGACCCUGAUGAUAAAGAAAAACUUGUUGAAGCUUUGAAAAGCCUCACAACGAGCCCACUGGCCAUGGACGUACCUCGCACGCUCAAUUCAUGUACUAUACGAUAUCGCUUGACUCUGGCUAGGAUGCAUCUCAAGAUGGGGCCCGCUGUGGCUUUCCAGACCAUUCUUGAGGAGCAAAUCAACGCUUGUAUUGAGGGAUUGACCGAUGAAUUUGCGUGGAACGAUAGGAGCAAUCUACUCCUUCUAUCAGAAGCACUUUUUCUCCUAUAA